AAUAACACAGCCAUAUUAUUGGAUGUUGGAAAUAAGAGUGAAAAAGUAACCAAUACUUGGAGCUUAUUUUACAUCCUCUUGAGCACAUGUGGGACGCAGACGUCUUUCCCUCACGUAACACAUUUCCCUUUCUCUCACCUUUCGCUUCAAAUCCAACAUUUUCCGCCGACUGCCCGGAAACACACACACACAACAAUGGCGGGCAAUCAGGCGCGGCGCCCUCACGCCAUCAUGAUCCCCUACCCCUACCAAGGCCACAUUAACCCCUUCGUCUCCCUCGCCGUCAAGCUCGCCUCCCACGGCUUCACAAUCACCUUCAUCAAUACCCAAUCCGUCCACCGCCGCAUUUCCCGCGCGCAGACCGGCGCUAGUCGCGCAGAUAUAUUCUCCUGCGCGCGCGAUUCCGGCCUCGACAUUCGCUACGCCACCGUCUCCGACGGCUUCCCGCUCGGCUUCGACCGCUCGCUCAACCACGACCAGUUCGUGGAGGGGCUGAUUCACGUCUUCUCGGCGCACGUCGACGAUCUCUUGGGGAGUCUGGCCGACUCCGACCCGCCGGUCACGUGCUUGAUCGCCGACACGUUCUACGUUUGGGCGUCCGAUAUUGCGCGCAAGUAUAAUUUAGUCUGCGUUUCGUUCUGGACGGAACCUGCGCUCGUUCUGUCCCUCUAUUAUCACCUAGAUCUCCUUAAAAAAAAUGGCCACUUCGGCUCCCAAGACAGACGCAAAGACAUGAUUGAUUACAUACCAGGCGUCGGAGCAAUGAAGCCAACCGACCUGAUGUCUUAUCUCCAAGCCGAUGAUAUAUGUACCGUGGUGCAUCGCGUGAUCUACAGAGCUUUUGAGGAUGUUAAAAAGGCUGAUGUAAUAAUCUGCAACACGGUUGAAGAACUCGAACUCAACACGCUCUCGGCCCUUCACCGGAAGCAGCCCACUUACGCCAUUGGCCCCAUUGUCUCUGGCUUCACCAACCAGGGAGUGGCCACGAGCCUGUGGUCCGAAUCAGACUGCACCCCGUGGCUCAACACCAAGCCCAAUGGGUCCGUUCUAUACGUGUCCUUUGGCAGCCAUGCUCACACUACUAGCAAGCAAGACAUUUGGGAGAUAGCCCGCGGGCUCUUGAUUAGUGGUGUCAACUUCGUGUGGGUGAUCCGGCCCGACAUUGUGAACUCGGACGAGGCUAAUUUUUUGCCGACUGGAUUUGAGAACGCUAUGAAAGGCAGAGGGCUGAUUGUGCAAUGGUGCAGCCAGAUUAAGGUCAUUUCGCAUCCCGCCAUUGGAGGGUUUUUGUCGCAUUGUGGAUGGAACUCGGUGUUGGAAAGCAUAUGGAGUAGGGUCCCUCUAAUAUGUUUCCCUUUGUUCACUGAUCAGUUUACUAAUCGGAAAUUGGUCGUUAACGACUGGAAGAUCGGGAUUAAUCUUUGUGAUCGGAAUUCCAUCACCCGGGAUGAAGUCGAGGAGAAGAUCAAGUAUUUGAUGAGCGGGAAAUCUUCGGAGGAGUUGAGGAAUGCAAUCAAGGAGGUGAGUAGAAAAUUGGAGAAUGCAUUGACUAGUGAUGGAUCUUCUGAGAGAAAUUUUAGGGUGUUUAUGGAAGACAUAAAGGCCCAAAUCAAGAAAAAAGCAGGGGUGGUUUUUGAUGUACAAGAACAAACCAGAGGUCAUGUUUGGGCGCCCACAGCAGUAAAUCUUUGUGAGCAAACAAUUUGUAGCUUGUCUAGUAAUAUUAACUAAUGGCCUAAAUUAGGCAGUUGAUUCAGUUUUUGAUUUGUAUGAUUAAAAUGAUGUAGAAAAGAAAUUAAACAUUUGAUCUUUAAUUGAAAUGAAACUGUGUAAAUAGUA